AGUUCAUCUAGAUUUAACAGUGGAGAGGCUCGAGCAUCAGUCCAACCAGCAAACUACGAGUCGUUUCCCCCUAAGAAACGCGGACAGCGCCGAGAAGAAAAGCUUGAAUCAUGUGUGGGAUCUUUGCUUACCUGAAUUACCGAGUGCCUCGCACCAGAAAGGAGAUAUUUGAGACGCUGGUGAAGGGACUGCAGAGGCUGGAGUACAGAGGGUACGAUUCAGCAGGUAUUGCUGUGGAUGGCCCAAACAAGACUGAUGGCGGCAGCAACAGCAUCUGCUUGAUCAAGGAGAAGGGGAAGGUCAAGGCUCUGGAUGAGAAGCUAUACAAGGAAGGCUCUCUGGACCUGGAUGUGGAGCUGUGCACACACUUUGGAAUAGCUCACACACGCUGGGCCACACACGGAGAGCCCAGCGACCUCAACAGCCACCCUCAUCGCUCCGACAAGAAUAACGAGUUCGUCGUCGUCCACAAUGGCAUCAUAACCAACUACAAAGAGCUGAAGAAGUACCUGAUCAGCAAAGGCUAUGAGUUUGAGUCUGAGACUGACACGGAGGUGAUCCCCAAACUGAUCAAAUACGUCUAUGACAACCGAGAGGGUCACGUCACCUUCUCCACGUUGGUGGAGAGGGUCAUCCAACAGCUGGAGGGAGCCUUCGCUCUGGUAUUUAAAAGCCAUCAUUACCCUGGAGAGGCCGUGUCCACCAGGAGAGGAAGUCCAUUGCUCAUUGGUGUGCGAAGCGAGCACGCGCUGGCGAACGAGGACAUCCCCAUCCAGUACAACAGUGGUCACUUCAAGGAGGGAAUACAAGAGAAGAACAGCCACAAUCGGCCUGACUGCUCCGACGCCAUCAACUCAGUGGGGGGUGGCAGAGCGGUGGAGUAUUACUUUGCAUCCGAUGCAAGUGCCAUCAUUGAGCACACCAACAAGGUGCUGUACCUCGAGGAUGACGACAUUGCAGUCGUGUCCGAGGGGAAGCUGUCAAUCCACAGGAUAAACCGGCAGGCCGGAGAAAACCCAGUGAGAGCAAUUCAGACCUUGCAAAUGGAGCUGCAACAGAUCAUGAAAGGAAACUUUGAGGCCUUCAUGCAGAAAGAGAUCUUUGAGCAGCCGGAGUCUGUAGUGAACACCAUGAGAGGCAGAAUUUGCUUUGACACCAACGCAGUGCUUCUUGGAGGCCUGAAGGACCACCUGAAGGAGAUCAAACGUUGCAGGCGGCUCAUCGUGAUUGGCUGUGGCACCAGUUUCCACGCCGCAGUUGCUACCAGACAGAUUCUUGAAGAGUUGACAGAACUGCCUGUCAUGGUGGAGCUGGCAAGCGACUUCCUGGACCGCAGCACACCAGUUUUCAGAGACGACGUUUGCUUCUUCAUCAGCCAAUCAGGAGAGACAGCAGAUACAUUGAUGGCUUUGCGUUACUGCAAGGAACGUGGAGCGCUAACAGCCGGUAUAACCAACACUGUGGGGAGUUCCAUUUGCAGAGAAACCGACUGUGGAGUACACGUCAACGCUGGGCCGGAGAUUGGAGUGGCGAGCACCAAGGCUUACACCAGUCAGUUUGUGGCCCUCGUCAUGUUCGGCCUGAUGAUAAGCGAGGACAGACUCUCCCUGCAGCAGAGAAGACUGGAGAUCAUCAAUGGCUUUAAGGUGCUACCUGAGCUGAUAAAGAACGUGUUGUCGCUGGAUGAGAAGAUAAAAGCCAUUGCAGAUGAGCUGUAUGAGCAGAAGUCUCUUCUGGUUAUGGGCCGAGGUUACAAUUACGCUACCUGCCUUGAGGGGGCACUGAAAAUUAAGGAGAUCACAUACAUGCACUCAGAAGGCAUCCUGGCCGGAGAGCUGAAACACGGUCCUCUAGCACUCAUAGACAAGGACAUGCCGGUCAUCAUGGUCAUCAUGCGCGAUGGCUGCUACACUAAGUGUCAGAAUGCCCUGCAGCAAGUCACUGCCAGAUCGGGUCGGCCCAUCAUCCUCUGUUGCCAGGACGAUUUAGAGAUAACCAAGAAUGCCUACAAGACCAUUGAGUUGCCACAAAUUGUGGACUGCCUGCAGGGCAUCCUCAGUGUCAUCCCCCUACAGCUGCUGUCCUUCCACUUGGCAGUCCUACGAGGAUAUGAUGUUGACUGUCCUAGGAACUUGGCCAAGUCUGUGACAGUGGAAUAAUUACAGUUCACAAAGCCCAGAAGAUGAGAGGUGGCUUAAGGAGAUUUACAGUGCAAUUGUGCAAUCUACAAUCAGUGUGUGUGUUUGCAGGCAUGUAUCUGGGUGAGGUUUGGUUGUAUUUGUUUGUAUGGAUAUAUAUGUGUGUGUGUGUGUGUGAGAGAGAGAGUAUGAGUGAGACUGGGAGAAUGGAGCAGAUGAAGGUGGUGUGGGGUACAAUUAACUUUUAAAAAGAGAAAUGUGAAACCUGACCAAUACACUGCUGAAGACAGAGUGGUGCCAUUGAGGCGUGCGGAGAAAAACGUUUUUGAAAACAACAUUUACUCAGCCAAAGACACCUGCUGUGCCUUUUUCUAAUCACAAGUUGAGCCAAAAUCCUGUCGCAGGCAUUGCAGAAGAGCUUUGAAAUGGUACAUUGAAGUGUUUACAAUUGUGCAAUAUGGACACCAACCAUGCAUUAUGAAUGUACACAAUCACUUUCUCUUCCUUUUUUAAUGAAUUUAUUAGUCAUGUUGGGGGCUUUAGGUGCCUUGUUUGCUUUGAAGGAAAAAAGGAAUUGCAUUUCUUUUUAAAUUUCAUUUUGUAUGUUUCUUUGCCAAAGUACGGAUUCACUGUGCUUGGAGAUACAGAAACCAAAAUCUGUUCUUCAUUCUUCAUCUUCAUUUUUAUUUUAAACAUAUAAUGUCCUUUCCGCCUCAUGGAAAAGUAACUUUUUUUCCCCAAAAUAUCUUUAUGUCCUUGUUGUCAUAAUGGAUUAUAUUCCCUUAUUUAAAGAGCACUAAGAAAGUAAGAAAGAAAAUGUAUCUUGACUUUUAAAACUUUGUCAGCCAUUUGUAUGGAUUUUAUGAAAAUACUAUUAUGUAUUUAAUUGGUUUCUUUUUGUUUAAAUAAAUAGUUUGAUUUAUAACUUUUUGAUUGUAUUUUAUACUGUUUGUUUUUUUAGAAAAGCACAAUCAAUCAAGAAAUCGAUAAAGCAUUAUUUUUUAAAGUGAAUGAUUGUCUUCUUUCCCCCCUGUUGAUGUGUUUGUUGGGUUUGAUGCUGUUUAUUUGAGAUGUUUUCAAUGAUUUAAAUAGAACAUGUAUUUUUUGUCUUUUGUAACUUAAAAUAUAAAACUUUUGUAAAAACAAUUUUGUAAUACAACCUAAAUUACUCAAAAAAUAAAUACAUUCCCAAUCAGAA